AUGUCGACUUCCACACCUCCAAAUGGCCGAGCUGCCAGCGACGAUGUCGGAGGACCUGAACACCCGGAUCUCAAUCACCUCUCGCUGCCUACCUUUCACUCUGUCCGCGAAGCGUCCAACGAGCGAGAGGGUCGAGGUCCAAGGACCGAGUCGACUGCUUCAGGUUCUACCAGUCGUCGGAGUAGAAGUCGCAACCCCGACCCUCAACCUUCCCGAUUGCUAGAGCGUCUUUCUUUUGGCGGCAGCAAUGUUCAAAGCGACGAGGACUCCAAGAGCAAAGAGAAGGACAAGGAGAAGGACAAGGACAAGGAAAAGGGAAAAGAAAACGACGCUCCCCGGCACAAUGUCUCUCGACGUUCUGGUGGUUUCCUUCUCGAGCCCGUGUCAAACUCCAAACGACGAUCUCGCGCGUCGCCCGCUCCUCCUGCUCGAAAAGAUUCUGAAGGCUUGCGGGACAGCGCCGACUCCGAAUUAACGCUGGUAAAGAGAAGGCACAAAACUAAUGGCCACUCCAGCUCGUCCUUCAAAAGUUCUCCAUUGGCGAGCGAGGUCAAACGAGAUCCCGUCGUCCAUAACUAUGCUGGCUCGGAUCAGCUUGUCCCUGGCACUGACGUUCGACGGUCUCUAUCUUCAUCGCACAAUGGCUCUCAGUCUACGGGCAUUCCUGCAUCGGCCUCGCGUGAUAUCGAAGCGCAAAGAACACCUGUUGCCAAGGUCGGCUUUGAUAAUGAUCCUGCACAGAUCGUCAAUAUGGCUUUGAGUCUAAGUGAAGGUCGAAGGCGUCUCGCUUCGGGCAGGAGAUAUGUCUCGACCGAACAGGGUGACCGUCGUGUUGUUUCUGCGGCGUCAACCAUAAAUCCAAGCAAUACCGUCCGGAGACGAAGCAUCGCACCCUUUCUAGCAACGAAUCGUCAGUCAUCGCAGAGUGGAUCUCCCAAGCGGAAACCUUCAACCAAACAUGGGGACUCGAACGGGCCAACGACUUCGCCAUCUGUUGACGUAUCUGUUACCGAAGUCGCCCCUAAUCUCGACGUCGAUCCUGAUUUCGUGGACCAGCUCUCGCCGGCCACCGCCGCCCGAGUUGAAAAAGCAAAAGUGUAUUUUGAACUCGCGCACGAGCAUCGACGCCUUCUCCAACAUCUACCUCCAAUACGAAAACCAGGUGCUCACGUUCGACUUUCUGAGCCGGAAGCAAUGCAAAAGGCAUACAAUCCUUUGCAAUAUGUCCGAAAUCGCAAGCUCCGCAUCUGGGAAAAGACGGCGAUCAAUAGCGAGGCUGAGGGAUGGCACGAUGUCCAGAAGGUCAGAAUCUGGGUUGACGCCGUUGUGUCAAGCCACCCAGAGACUCAGCAUGAUUCUUUGGAGUGUGUCCGGCUACCUCCACUGGACCUACGAAGUGCGGAAACUGAUCGUGAAGAUACCGACGAUUCGCCAGACGAGCCAAAGAGUACAGUGCUCCCUCGUGUACCAGACCAACUUCAUCCCAAGCCCAUUCGCCCACGCUCUGACUGGGUCACUCAUCCAGCCGAUUUGAUAGCCGAUGCAUAUUGGUUGGAGCAAGGUUUGAACAAGACCAAAAUCCAAGACCGAGACAACAAUUUAAUCUAUCCGCAACAUACUCAUUUCACCUUCUCGGGUUGGCGCAACCAAGCACCCGUCGAUAUUCCAAAUAGAUUGCAGCAAUCGUCUCCACCUCCAGAGUCUCCUGAUGAUUCAUUCCAAGAAACACCUUCAUCAGCUCUGCCCGAGCUGCCCACUUUUAAAUCAGCUCAUCAUGCACAAAAGACUGGACAUCAUGGCCGCCGCAGAGAUAUGAUCAGAGACUCUAUCCAUGGCAAGAGUGGCAGCAGCUCCAGGGAACGCUCUCGGAUACGCAAGAAGCUGUUUCAUGACAGUAGCGAUUCAGACUAUUCGGCCUCGAUGUCUUCGGAUGAUGCAGGGACUGAACGCGGUCGUAAACGACUUCGGCGGAAGAGGCUCGAAAUUUCUGUCAACAAUGGUCUGGAGAAACGUGGAAGUCACUCCCAGUCGAAGCAGUCGUCCCACGCAUUUGCGCACGGUCACGGUGACUCUAGUCAAGGUUCCUCUGCCCCAACGUCGAAAAGAGCGUCAGUUGAUCAUACUGGGCUUAAUAAACUCUUCCGAGUGGACAGUUUCAAGAAAUCUUCACCCCUAACUCGAUCACGGAAUAGACAAGAUGCCUCUGGGCCUCGAUCCGUGCAGGUUCCCGUCCGGUCGAGCCUCGAGCACGAACGCCAACCUCGCCCGUCUGAAGAAUACGAUACUACCACCGCCCCUAAUUCGCCUAAUGGUGUUGAAUGGCCGAGUAUUGCCAUCAACCUUUCCCCGCCUCCAAGUAGACCAAGUUCGCCAUCUAAAAAACCCAUAUCUACCAUCUUACAUCCCUUUCACCGCAAAUCCCACAAGACUCAGGGCCAGACCAGCACAACUGACUUUGCGCAUGUUCCACCAGUGCAAUCGGUCCACGAGCAUGAAAUGGAAAAACAGCUUGACAGACCGGAUUCUCGUGGCCAAAGCCCCAUGAGCAGGACUCUCAGCCCGCUGACCAAAAAUCAGACAAACUCGACAGAGCCAGACGACAUGACUCCGCAAUCCUCCAUUGAUCACAGAUACAGUACGGCGAGCAAGGUCAGCACGCGGUCAACUACGAAUGCCGGAAGUGACCAUUCGAGGAUUCGCGCUAUAUUUAAAGGAGGCCGCAUUGCAGAAAUAGUCGGAAAUGAGGUUUCUCGAGUUGGAGACUUUAUCUGGAAACGUGACCUCCCGAUCAUAUACAAACACAGAGGCUCGGCUUCUGACGGCAGUAUUCGAUCUUACGACGGGUCGGAUUCAGAGAGAGAGCAGCAGCAGCAUCGUCCCCACCAUCACCCUCAUCAUCAACAACCAGAACAACAGCAACAACAAAACGGGACGAUUCUUAAAACACCUCCGCACCCUGUACGCUCAAGAUCAUCCACCAUCUCAAGUACUAAAAGCGACCACGUCUCACCUGAUGUCACAAAGACAAGUAAUUCAGGAAAUGACCGGCCUAGAUACAACAAUCCUAACCUGCCCAGCUUCACCUCUCCUUUCCAAAAAGACCGUGAACGUCAAGAGAAAAAGCAGGGGUUUCUAGCCCCGGAAGACGCGGCUAUACGGAGUGAUUCUACAGACCACAUCUCUCGGCUCGCUGCCCAGCGUCGCUCGGUCUCACAUUCGCCGCGACUUGCUGCGCUACCUAAGCUUGAUACUGGGGCACCCAAUACACCGACUGAGGUGAGUCGGCAGAAGAGCUAUGGCUUUGGCGCAGCUUUGGACCUCAGCAGAUCGCGAGAUGCGUCCGAUCAACUGAACUCUGUCAUUGGUCCGGUGACUGGGCUGAGCGGCCUCAUCCCUAACAGAUCUAUCGGCGACCUUUCGAAGAUGGGCGGAUCGGAGCUGGGUCAAGAAGAUGGCGAACCUGCAGACGUGACAUGGCGUGACAUUGAACGGGCUAACGUCCUCCUCUACACUUCAACUGUCAAAGCUCGAGAGAUUGCCCGUCGGGCAGAAGACUCCAGUGAAGAACUGCCACCAUUUCUUUUCGAUACCCUCACCCCGGAGAACAAGGCCCUACAUGCUGUGAAACCUUUACGUGUCAAGAAACGGGAACGACACGUUGUUGCAGCACAGAACAUCAUGAAGACGCUGCAAGGUCACUCCUCGAUUUUCAAUAAGAAAUUACAUUCAUUCACCACGUCGCUCAUACCUGCUCUGCACAGCCAACUACAGAUCCUCGAAGAUCAAGUGGAAAACACCAUGACUCCGCAGGUACGAAUAACAGCUGAUUCAGCUGGCGAAUUGAGCAUGAAACUUUCCACUACCAGUACGCUUGCCGUCAAAGAACUCAACGACUCCAUCGAGGUCGCUUUUCGCAGGAAGCGGAGGGGACCGAUCAGGUUGUUCCGCAAGCUCUGGUUUGCAGGCAUUGAAUGGACCGUUGUCGGGCUACUUUGGCUGAUCUGGGCUGUUGUUUCCGUGGUCAGAUUUGCUUUGGGAAUGGGCAGGUGCGUGAUUAAGGGAACGAGAUGGUUGCUUUGGAUUGAUUGA